AUGGCCAGCGUCGACGACAUCUUCAAGGCAAGCCCUGGCAGCCCUGGCAGCCAGCCGCACAAUGCGGGCGUGCCCAGCAAGCGGAAGCUGGAUGCCAUCAAGGACCCAAACGAGAUUUACAAGUCCAGCAAGCUGAGCGCCAACGGCUCCAGCCGCCACGCCCACGUCCAAGACGAACCGGAAGACGAUGAUCAGGAAGCCGGGCCCGCACCGCCUCCUGACGACGAUGGCGAUUUCGGCCCCGCGAUGCCGCCCGACGACGAUGGCGACGAUGAAGAGGGCCGCUUUUUCGGCGGCGGCAUCACGAAGCAAGAAUCCCAGAUCCUCGACUACGUAGAAGGCGCCGGCGAAGCCGACCAGGCCCCCGAGAAGAUCGAUGUCGGCUGGCUGCGCAAGACGGCGGCCAAUUUCGAGAAGCGCAUCACCAAGAAUGCCGAGCUUCGCGCCAAGUUUGAGAGCGAGCCGCAAAAGUUUAUCGGCAGCGAAGGCGACCUCGACGCCGACAUCAAGAGCCUGUCUAUACUGUCCGAGCACCCGGAGCUGUAUCCCGAGUUCGUCAAGCUCGGGUGCGUCGCCAACCUGGCCGGCCUGCUGGCGCACGAGAACACGGACAUUGCCAUCGACGUCAUGGAGAUUAUCGGUGAACUGACGGACGAGGACGUCGCCGCCGAGGACGAGCAGUGGAACGCGCUGGUGGAUGCCCUUAUUGACAGCGACGUCGUGGGCCUGCUCGUGUCCAACUUUUCGCGCCUCAACGAAGAUGACGAGACGGACCGCAACGGCGUCUACUACGCGCUCGGCAUCCUCGAGAACCUCUGCUCAAGAGCAGCAACGGCGACGCGAGUCGGCCAGGAGACCACGUUGUUGAAGUGGCUCCUGCAACGCGUCCAGCGUAAGGAAUCCGUCGUCUCCCAGAACAAGCAGUACGCCGCCGAGAUCCUCGCCAUCCUCUCUCAGUCCUCGUCCGAGUCACGGCAGCGCAUCAUCGACCAGGACACAACAGACACGCUGCUGCAGCUUGUGGCGCCCUACCGAAAACGCGACCCGGACAAGGGCGGCGAGGAGGAAGAGUACAUGGAGAAUGUCUUUGAGGCCCUCACAUGUCUCGCCGACGAGCCGUCAGGCAAGGUCAAGUUCAUUGAGGCAGAGGGCAUCGAGCUAUGCCUCAUCAUGCUCAGGGAAGGCAAGAUGAGCAAGGCCCCGGCACUGCGUCUCCUGGACCACGCAGCCGGCGGUCGCACCGGCGGAGACGUGUGUUCCAAGCUCGUCGAGGCGGGCGGCCUCAAGACCAUAUUCACCCUCUUCGGCAAGACGCACGACCACCGCCUCCUCGAGCACAUCCUCGGCAUAUUCGCGUCGAUGCUCCGCCUGCUGCCCGCCAACUCGGCCGAGCGGAUACGCACGCUCGCAAAGUUCGUCGAGAAGGACUACGCCAAAGCAGCCAAGCUGGUGACGCUGCACCGCGAGUACGGCGCCCGCGUCACCCGCGCCGAGGACGAGCACAAGCAGGACCCCGACACCGCCACAGACCCGGACGAGGCCGAGGUGGAGCUCCUGUCGCGGAGGCUCGACGCGGGGCUCUUCACGCUACAGCAGAUUGACGCGUCGCUGGCGUGGCUCGUGGCCGAGGACGCGGGCGCGCGCAGGAAGAUCCGGCAGCUGUUGGCGGAGCAGGACGAGGACCUGGCGGCGAUUGGCGCCGUCAUCAAGGAGCAGCGGGCAGGACUGGAUACCCUGGAGGAGGACAGCAAGGAUCUGAGCGACAUGUUGGGGGCGCUGCUCGACUUCCUGGGAUAG